UAGGAGGAGGAAAGGGCUCGGACAUGGCGAGAAACAGCACUGGCCCGUCUGCUAGAGAUCGGUAAUAUUUUAUUGUAUUUCUAAAACCCGAGAGGCCUUACAAAAACCAAUAAAACCCAACCCUGGCACAAAAACAUACAAUAGAUCAAUGGACUGAAUGAAGACUGCUUACAACGCCUAUAGAUGUCUGGCCAAGGAGCUGGAUGCUUACGCCAUGAACCCAGAGAUGACAAUGGACAGCAUUGGCAGUCUGCAUGGCGGAGUAAGCCAUGAGCAGGAUUUGAUGAGCAGUCACAGCCCCCAUCACGAUCGGAGCACUGGGGCUUCUUUAAGGAUACAUCAGGACUUAGCUGCUGCUUCUUCACGAUCCGCUAUGGUUUCCAGUAUGGCUACGAUGCUGGACGGGGCUGGAGACUACCGCCCGGAGUUGUCUCUCCCGCUCCACCAUGCAAUGAGUAUGCCCUGCGACACAUCCCCACCUGGUAUGGGCAUGAGCGGCACCUACACCACUUUAACUCCACUCCAGCCCCUGCCACCCAUCUCUACCGUUUCAGACAAAUUCCACCAUCCGCACCACCACCACCAUGCCCACCACCAGCGUCUCUCUGGGAACGUAAGUGGGAGCUUUACCCUGAUGCGGGACGAAAGGGGGUUACCAGCAAUGAACAAUCUCUACAGUCCCUAUCAUAAGGAAAUGACAGGGAUGGGUCAAAGCUUAUCCCCCUUGGUCAACAGCCCCCUUGGCAAUGGUUUGGGCUCCAUCCAUAACACCCAGCAAAGCCUCCACAACUAUGGCGCACAUGGGCACGACAAAAUGCUCAGCUCAAACUUCGACGCCCACACUGCCAUGCUGGCCAGAGGGAACCAGCCCCUCUCAAGGAGCCUUAGUGUCCCUUCGGCGGGUAUGAUGCCACAUUUGAACGGAAUGCAUCACACUGGUCAUCCAGGCCACCCUCAAUCUCACGGGCCCGUGUUGGCUUCCAGCCGGGAAAGGCCGCCCUCCUCCUCGGAAACUCAAGGUAAUAACUCGGGGCAGUUAGAAGAAAUCAACACCAAAGAAGUGGCACAAAGGAUCACUGCGGAACUCAAGCGGUACAGCAUCCCCCAGGCUAUCUUCGCCCAAAGGGUGUUGUGUCGCUCACAGGGGACCCUUUCAGACCUCUUAAGAAACCCCAAACCUUGGAGUAAACUUAAAUCUGGAAGGGAGACCUUUAGAAGAAUGUGGAAAUGGCUGCAGGAACCCGAGUUCCAGAGGAUGUCAGCCUUAAGGCUUGCAG